GGAACGUUUAUAGAUACAUCGCAGUGCCGACGUAUUCAGUUUGAAUUUCGAAGUGUGGUGUGUUGUAGUUGGAUUUUUCUAACAAUUUUCAACAUGAGUAAUGUAAUCGAAUUACAGACUGAAGAUCGACUCGAGUACAAUUUCUUUCCAAAUUCUUCUGGAGUCGUUCAGUUCAGAGUAAGAGCGCCCAAUGAUGCCCACAUUGUACUUUCUACGGCAGCGGCCGAAGUUGAUCCAAUGUAUGAGAUUUUCAUCGGCGGUUGGGGAAACAGCAAGUCUAUAAUUCGUAAAAACAGGUCUAAACCCGACGUAGCCGAAGUGCCUACACCUGGCAUUCUCAACGAGAACGAGUUCCGUGGAUUCUGGGUGCGAUGGCAGAACGGCACUAUUUCGGUCGGAAGAGAAAACGAAGUUCCACCAUUUUUGAGCUGGUCCGAUACUGAAGUUGUUCAUAUCGAAUAUGUUGGAGUUUGUACUGGUUGGGGCGCUCGUGGAGCAUGGAUCAUUGAACCACCUAGAGGAGGAGGCGUGCCACGUCCAGGAGCACCUCCAGCCAAUCUUUCCUCCGUAUGCUGGGUACCCUCAAGUAAUGGUCAGGUUCCACCAAGGUCAUUUGCAGGUGGCGAAGACAAUGGCGAACCCGUCUACGUAAUCAGAGCGCAAUUCAACGGUGGCAUCAUUCCCGGAAAACUGGUUCCAAGCCACGGACAGAGUUACGUGCCAUGGGGUGGUCAAGAAAAUCCAAUGCCUCAGUAUGAGGUCCUCUGCGACUUCCCUGGGCAGUGGCUGGCUGUUUCAGGUGGUAACAUUCCACCAAACGCUUUGACAGCUGGCCAGAGCGAGGACGGAGAACCGCUGUAUAUUGGAAGGGUAGUCCACGAUGGCGCUCUCACCGUGGGAAAAGUACAGCCAAGCCACGGUGUUUGCUAUAUCCCCUAUGGAGGCCAGGAAUUGUCUUUCCCCGAAUACGAGAUUUUGGUACAAUAAAAGGACUGAGUUUGUUUACAGGAUUUGCUUUUUAUAUUCUGCAUAGGACAUCGCAAUCGAUGUAUUAUUAUUUGUUACUUAGACAAGCUGAGAUGUAAACACAUAAUAUAUAGCUUCUAGGUGCUUCUUAGUACCUACAAAGUAUUGUAUUUUUAUAUAAAGUAUAUAUAAUUUUGAAUGUUAUCUAAUAUUUAUUUCAAAUAUUCAGGCAGUUUAUUCCUCUAAGUGUAUUACGCACAGUUGUCAGAGUUUUGUUUUAUUUACUGUAAUAAUAAUUUCUAUGGAUUUC